CUUUCCGGUAGGUUUAGGAGAAGAAGUAAGAAUCCGGAAGCAUUGACAAAUAAUCCCUCUCUACGUGUCUGUAAACAUGGCUACAGGAGCGGAUCAGGCGGUCGGGAUGAGUCUGGUUCUGUUCAGCCUGCUGCUCUUCUCGUAUUACACUGUCUGGGUCAUCAUUCUGCCGUUCGUCGACGGCCGCCACGUCCUUCACAGAUAUUUCCUUCCUCGGGAAUAUUCGGUCAUCCUGCCUGGAGUCGCUGCGGUGCUGCUGCUGCUCUGCAUAGGAACCUUCACUGCCGUCAUCCUGUGGAAAAACCGCAAACCACAGAAAACCGACUGAGUUCAGGAAGUUCUGCGUUUUCUUUUGCUCUGGACUCAAUCUGACAAACUCUGGCUCCCCCUAGCGGCCAUUCUGUCCCGAUGACGUCAGAGACUGUGCCGCAGGAAUGACGUCA